AUGGCCGACGUUGCAAGACGACGGACAAUAGGAAGCAGGGCCGCGGGAAGAUCAAGACACCACUCCGGGAACGGGAAUAGUGUUCGAUCUCAUCGAUCCACAUCAAGUCGUCACUCAAUAUCACCAGAAGACAUCCGGUACGCCAUGGAUGUUGUCCUUCAACCCCCACCAACCGCCUGGGCUGGAUAUGAAUUGAAUCGAACCAUCGUAGUUCGACUGCGGACUACGAAUACAGAUCCGAAUGACGCUCUCGCUGACUCGACAAACCUCGUGGCAGUCGCAACACUUGUCCCAGGCCCAAAUUCAACUGGCUCCCGGGAUCCCACUGUUCUCAAUUCCCUUCUCGCCGGCCGUCGUUGCGACUCCAUCCACCCUUUUUCCGACGAUGAAGCUGACGGCGUGGCUGCUUCCCUUGAUAUGGACCACCCCCGAGGGGUCGGCUACAUGGUCUUCCCGGGUCUUAUUAUCCGCCAACCAGGCACAUAUCGAAUCCGCAUCACCUUAAUCCGCAUCCGCAGCACAAGUUCCGACCUCCCAGUUUCCCCCUCAUCCGGAGGAGCCAGCGUUCAAGUUGUUGAUAGCAAUCCCAUCGUUGUCCAGGGAAAUGGACCAUUCACCAACUUAGCGCCUUACAACGGAGAUGGAGAGGAAGAUGAUGGCGGAUGGUUGGAUGUGUUGAGAACGAUACAGACGCGCAGAAGGUCGCGAGAUUGA